ACUGUACCUCUGUCCAUUCUACCGCCGCCACAUUUGUUGCGCCUCCUCGUCGACGAACUUGCCGGCGGCGAAAGGACACAGCUAGGGUUUCUCCCACCCAGCUAUUCUCGCGUCGAGAGGUGUCGCGCUCCUCCUCUCUUCGCCGGCUCCCCUCUGCUGCAAAUCCUUUCGUUCCGAAGAAAUUUUUCGCUGGGCGGCGGGAGCUCCCUUACUGCCGCUUCAAUUGAAAGAUGAGGAAGCUCAAGUUCCACGAGCAGAAGCUCCUCAAGAAGACCAAUUUCUUGGAGUACAAGAGGGAGGGCGGCCACCGGGAGGCGCUCGUGACGCAGCACUACCGCCUCGUCGAGAGGGACGACUACAAGAAGUACAAUGGCAUAUGCUUAAUGGUGCAAAAGCUCGUUAAUAUCAUAAAGCAGAUGGACCCAAGAGACCCUUUCAGAAUCGAAAUGACAGACAUGCUGCUUGAUAAGCUAUAUAACAUGGGUGUAAUUCCAACAAAAAAGAGCCUGUUGAAAUGCGAGAAUCUUUCGGCUAGCGCCUUCUGCAGGCGGAGACUGGCAACAGUUAUGGUGAAGCUCAAGUUUGCAGAGCACCUUAAAGAGGCGGUAACAUACAUCGAGCAGGGGCAUGUGCGUGUAGGUCCAGAGACAGUUACCGAUCCAGCCUUUCUUGUGACCAGAAACAUGGAGGACUUCAUCACCUGGGUGGAUUCCUCAAAGAUCAAGAGGAAGGUCAUGGAGUACAACGAUGCCUUGGACGAUUAUGAUGCCAUGUUUUGAGAAAACCAUUCAGCAGGAAAUUCUGCGCUGCCCAUCAAUGUAAUCUUAGCUACUCACAUAUGUGAUUUUCAGAACAAAAAUCUGUGACAAUUGCCUGUUUGUUCACUUUGUUGUAGGGUACUUGCAUUUGCAUUGCAGACGGCGCAAUUUUGUAGUUGGUUGCUGACACAUUUUGUUUGAUGCACUGUGCAAUUGUUUUUUUAAAGGCCGAGUUUUAUUCUA